AUGAGCAACUUUACCCUGGAGAAUCGCCCGAAAAAGGAUCAGCUUGAUCCUCCCGCCCCAGGCAAAGCGGCUGUGCGAAAGAAAGUCCGACCCACCUAUUCAUGCUUAAAUUGCCAUAAACGCAAAGUUAAGUGCGAUCGUGUCAAGCCAUGCGGUGCUUGCUGUCUACGGGGCACUCCCUCGGAAUGUGAUUAUGGCACCAGCAAGCGAGACCGCCAGUAUAUUCAACAAGCAACUCUCAUUGACAACUUGCUACGCUCUUGUGAGAGCCUGAAGCAGCAGCUGGCGGAGGCUCGUCAGCUUGCCAACAUACCUGCUGUGAAGGCUGAGGAGGGGCCGCUAUCGAGAAGGAGACCACUUCACACGGGCCGAAAGACGGACGAUUGGGACGAUGAAGAUGCACUUGAGGACUCAGAUUUGCCUGAUUUGCCUAUGGCAGACCCUGAGCAAUCAUCCUUGAUUCCUCGCGAUGUUCUGAAGCGUGUUCUGACAGACCCGAUGGCAGCUGGUGUCGCAAUAGAGUUCUUCGUCGAACGAUUGGUUGAUAACUUCAGCCCGGUCAAUGUCAGCGGCACUAUUGCACUACGUGAGGCCAAAGAGAUGCGAAUACUUUCACCAAUUCUCUACAAGGCUUUUGAAGCAGCAUCACUCACAUUUGCCGGAAGACAAUAUCAUAACAAGGCUCUCGAGGUUGCAGGCAAUUCCAGGUAUAUCAAAGUACUUCAUCUUCUCCAGACGGCGUUGAAUGAACCUGAGGGCAAUCAAUCGACCGAGGUCUUGCUAGUGGUCCUACUGUCUACCAUAAUUGAGGCUUUCAGACAAACGUCGGUAACCUCCAUUUUUCGACACCAGCUGGGUGGCUUGGCGCUACUGCGGGCACGAACCCCUUAUCGCCACCGACAUGGAGUCGAGAGAUCUCUGUUCGUUGAUCUGCGACUAUACUGGGUUACUGCCGCGCUGGUGCAUCGCAAGCCGACUUUCUUGUCCUCGGACGAAUGGCUUACAGUGCCUUGGUCUUGCGACGGACCGUCAAAAGAUAUCCUUCAACAUCUCCUCGACGUUGCCGUUCAUAUUCCGGGCUACCUCGCACAGAUCGAUGAUCUCCAAGCGGCCUUGCAAAAUCCGGCAGUCUCGCCAUCCGAGUUAGUCACAAUGCAGUCCACUAUCUGGGACCGUGCCCUUGAACUGCAAAGCAUGCUCCAGAUGUGGAAGCGUACCUACGCCGACACAUACGCCGGAGGCGGACCACGCGAGGAGUCCAGCCUGGACAUCCAUCCCAGCAAUCAGAAGAGCAGGGCCGAGGGUCGCGGGGAGGACGUCUUCCCCGUCUUCCGGUGUCGCGAUCCCAGCACGAUGCAGAUCACCGCUUCCACCAACCUGGUCUACCCGGAUUUAUUACUAGCCACCUCGAUGUGCUACUACUGGGCGCUCAACCUCGUCAUCACCGCCACCGACACCGGGCUUGUCGACGUGCUCGGCCGGCAGGAGCGCUACGAGUUCGCCUGCAACAUCUGCCGCAGCAUGAAGUAUUACACCCAGAUGGUCCCCGGCUGCCUGGUCUCGCGGAUCAUGUUCGUGCUCCGCACCGCGUUCGACAACUUCCCCGACGGCAUGGUCGAGAAGCAGUCCAUGUCGGAGCUGUUCGCGUACAUCGGCCGCCGAUUUGCGUUUCCGGUCUUUUCGAACCAAUGUACCUCUUCGUCGGUGAAGGCGGAAAGGGGGUAA